GACAGUCAGUCAUUCGGUCUGUCGCGUCGCGUCCAGUCGAAAGAUGCGUUGGGUAGGUCUAGUAGUGUUCCUGGUGCUGCUGGUAGCCAGUGGCAGCGUCCCCGGUGUGAAUGGAGCCCGUAUCCUCGGUAUUCUGCCAUCGUGUGGCCGUUCCCACUACAUCAUCGGUGCCGGGUUGAUGCGGGCACUGCUCGAUGCUGGCCACGAGGUGACGAUCGUGAGCCCGUACCCCAUGAAAGGAGCGGCCGCAGAUCGUCACCGGGACAUACUACUGCCCGAGCUGGCCGAAGCACACGGUGUCGAAGGUCCGGAUCUGUUCCAGUACAAAAGUGCCCCGAAUCUGUUCGUGCUCUACCUGGUGUACACCGAUAUCGGACCUGGGGUGUCGCAGAUUAUCCUGAACCAUCCCAAGAUGGUGGAACUGAUGGGUUCGGGCGAACGGUUCGAUGCCGUCAUCGUGGAAUCGUUCGCUAGUGAGGUGCUGUACGGGUUGGCGGAACAUUUUGGCGGUGAGCUGAUGGUGUUCUCUCCGUUCGGGGCAUCCAUGUGGACGAGCGAACUGGUCGGUACACCGUACCCGUACUCCUACAUCCCACACACCUUCCUUAGCUACACGAACGAGAUGAGCUUCUGGCAGCGGUUCGUGAAUGCGCUCGUGGCCCACGGUGACAAGCUGUACUACCGGAUGGUGUAUCUGCCCCAACAGGAAGCGAUGUACCGACGUUAUUUCCCCGGUGCCAAACGGACCUUCACCGAGACGCUACAGAGUGUACGGUUGGCGUUCGUGAACCAGCACUUUUCACUCAGCUAUCCACACCCGUACGCACCGAAUCACAUCGAGAUCGGGGGCAUACAGAUCGAGAAACCGAAACCACUGCCAACUGAGCUCGAACAGUACAUUGAGUCGGCACCGCACGGUGUGAUCUACUUCUCGAUGGGUUCCAUGUUGAAGGGUCGCAAUUUUCCGGAAGCAAAGCGGGAUGCGUUCGUGAACGCAUUCCGGCAGCUACCGGAGCAGGUGAUCUGGAAGUACGAGAAUGAAAGUCUACCCGAUCGACCGGCGAACGUGAUGAUACGAUCGUGGAUGCCGCAGAACGAUAUCCUCGCUCAUCCGAAGGUGAAACUGUUCGUAACGCACGGUGGACUGCUCGGUUCGACGGAGGCUCUGUAUCACGGGAAACCGAUGGUCGGGGUACCGAUCUACGGUGAUCAGGAGCUCAAUCUGGCCCGAGCCGAACGGGCCGGUUAUGGGUUGAAGCUGGACUAUGAAUCGUUGAGCGAGGAAACGAUCGUUGCCGCCAUCCGGAAGGUGCUGGGCGAUGAGUCGUACUCGCGGGCAGCCAAAACCAUCUCCGACCGGUACCGUGAUCAACCGCUCGGUCCGGCUAAAACGGCCGCGUACUGGGUGGAGUAUGUGUUGCGGCAUCGGGGCGCACCGCAGCUACAGUCGCCGGCGACGAAGCUGUCCUUCAUCGAGUAUAAUCUGCUGGACGUGUACGCGGUGAUGGUGCUGAUCGUUCUGUCGUCGCUAAUUGGGUUCGUUUUGGUCGUCAAGGCCAUUGUGAGGCGGAUCUUCCCCGGGGCUAGCACCAAAUCAAAGGGCCGCAAGAAGAAGAACAACUGAGAAAGAAAGGGUUUACACAAUGAUUGAGGUUUCGGUGCCUAAUCAGUGCGGUCUAGACGCGGGUUUUGGAAGGAAGGGCACUGGCCGGUCGAAAGUGGACGCCCGGUUCGUUCCGCUGACUGGGGCUGAUAAGAGAAACCGAUUGUACCUCGCGCGCACCCUUUCCACAUUCAGUUUCAGUUAAGUAAUAAAUGGGUUCGUUGAUGGAUAGGAGCGGAUCGUUCGCGACCUUCCACACAUAAGCACGCGCUGGUGGAAUGUUGGAGACAACAUUUCGCACAUCAUCAGGCAACGCGAUGCGGCUAGUAUUUUUGCGUCGCGAAUGAUCAAAUAUUUAAUUUUCGACCACUACAAACUGAUGUGCUAAUAGGGAGGCGGUGCUGCUAAAGAUAACUAGCGUGCGUUAGGAUCUGGCGGGCCUAGGAUGGACAGCGAGCAAAUGAAACCAAAUAAACCAGUCGGCGAUCGUGCAGUAUAGUUUGUUACCACGAAAAGUGCAACAACAUUUAGGUUACUUUCAAAAUUGUGCCAAAAACGCUCUGCUAAAACUAUCACUAAUUAGACUAAUUAAUUUAAUAAAAGAUGUUUCGUUUUGUUCAAUCAAAUCAGCAGUGUGUUUGUGACUUAUUAUUGGGGGAUAAUCGAUAAAAACACUUUUGAAGAUUUAUGGUAAUGAAAUCGACAGACGGAGUUUGAAAAGAAUGUAUAAAAAUGUACUCACGCGAUUUAAAUCCUUUAAAAUCAUGUCAACUGAAAUGCAAAUACCUUCCAAUUCCUAAUUCCUACAAAUAAUUCGUGCAAAUAAACUUCCUGUUCUAUCAUCCUCUA